AUGAGGCGUUCAGCUGACCACUUACUACUCCAGGAAGGCGAUUCGCUUAAUGACAUUCAGCUCGACGCCACAAUGCCGGGUUCUGGCUUUGCACCUUCGUCUACCAUCGCGUCCCGUCGUUGCAGCAAAUUCAUCAACGUGACGAACGAGCUGGUUCAUGCGCCGGUUCCUGCUGGCGACACCAUUGACUUGCAAUGGCAAGGCUGGCCCAAAUCGCACCACGGCGCCGUCAUCACGUACCUCACAUUCUGCGGCAGCGACGCGGGGUCUUGCGAGUCCAUCAACAAGACAAAGUUGGCCUUCUUUGCCAUUGACAAGGUCGGAAUCGAUGAUCCAAAUGCGAAUGCCACGAGCUCCGCGACGGCGUGGGGUAUAUGGGCGAGCGACAUCCUCUUCCGGAACAAUGCGACCUGGGUGAUGCGGAUUGCGCCCACGAUUACACCAGGUUAUCGAUGUGCAGUUUGCUAG